CUUCAUUGCACCCUUCUCCCCUGUUUUCCUUAGAGACAUCAUGGCGCUGCUUUCAGAUCUUCUAAACCUAAACCUCUCAGACUGCACUGACAAGAUCAUUGCUGAGUACAUAUGGGUCGGUGGAUCUGGCAUAGACAUUAGAAGCAAAGCAAGAACUCUUUCUGGACCUGUUAAUGAUCCCUCAAAGCUUCCCAAGUGGAAUUAUGAUGGUUCAAGCACUGGUCAAGCUCCUGGGGAAGACAGUGAAGUGAUCUUAUAUCCUCAAGCUAUCUUCAGAGAUCCAUUUAGGAGGGGCAACAAUAUUCUUGUGAGAGCGAUGCCUUUAACUAAGAGAUGGGUAACGUCUUCAAGCGGCUUCCUGGGUCUCCCUCUGUGGUUUUUGCAAGAGGAAGGUCUUGAAGGAGGAGGAGGCAAUGGCGAUUGUUUAGGAGGGAAAGGAGGGAUAUUUUCCUUGUUAUCAUGUUGGGAAAUGGGGAAGGCAGCCAUUGGGUUUUGGGUGAGAGAGGCGAAGAGUGAGGAAUGAAGUUGGGGAGGAAGAAGGGGAGAGGGAGCACAUGUAUAAUGGUGGGUUUUGGAGGGGAGAAAAAUAGAGAUUUUGAAUUCAAGAGGUUUUGGAAAUGUCUCUGGUUUUUUUAGGAUUUGAUUUGGUGGAGGGAAUUUUGGAGGGGAAGAAGAGUUGUUUUGUUGAAUUCUAGAGGGAGAUAAAAAGCGCUUCUUUUU